AACCCACAAGGAUACAACCAAAAAAAUGCUACCAUCUUGCUAUGCCAAUGGCUCCCCUUUGCCGGAUAACGAAGAGUUGGUAAACUCUCUUCUGUCCAAUCCUGAGUACCUCCGGGCCCAAAUAUCACCCAAUCCCUUAGGGCCAAGUGCCGUCGGUGGUUUGGGAAUGGAAGGCCUAAUGUGCGGAUCGUUCCCUCCGGCCUUUUACUAUCAAGGAAUCGACAACUUUCUGGCCCUGCAUAACAACAUCUGGAGUUUGCCCAUGUCCUUCCUGCAUAACAACCAUCGGCCGGAAAAGCCGCCAUUUUCGUACAUUGCCCUUAUUGCCAUGGCUAUAAGUAGUGCUCCAAAUCAACGGCUGACACUUAGCGGAAUAUACAAGUUUAUCAUGGAUAAAUUCCCAUAUUAUCGCGAAAAUAAACAGGGAUGGCAGAACUCGAUUCGUCACAAUUUGUCCCUAAAUGAUUGCUUCGUGAAGGUUCCUCGGGAUAAAAACACCAUUGAGGAUAACGACAGUGCCGGAAAGGGUAGCUAUUGGAUGUUGGACUCCUCCGCAUCAGAUAUGUUCGAGCAGGGAAACUACCGACGGCGGAGGACCCGUAGACAAAGGCAUUGCACCAACUCCAGUCGCUUUGAAAGAGAAACCGGAAAGGAUUCAAACGAUGGUCACAGCACCGGAGAAGUACGUUCCCCAACGGAAUCGCUCAAUGAUUUUGACAUCUUCUGCAAUGAUAGACCCAACUAUUCGGAUAGGAUAACAGAUUUGCACCGUCAGUAUCUGUCUGUAUCUCUUGGAUUCAACAGUUUGUUCAAUGUGGACGGAAGCAGUAUUCGUCCUUUAUCAAAUUCUAUGACCAACGAAGUGAGAGAGUCCCCAGACGAUCCAGAUGCCUCUUCCAGUUCCAGUAAAACUCCUCAGAAUCCAUCAGAUAAUGCUAAUCUCCACGACGACCUACAUUCCCCGAGCGCUUUUACUCCUCCCUUGAGUCGACGCGACCCCGCCACCCUGAGGGAUUCUUUCAGGGGUCUACAGGAUCUAAUGGGUGAAACAUCCAAUGCUCCAGCGACCUCAUCCACAGUGGCGAGCAAUCGAACCAAGACAACAUUAUUCACAAUCGACAAUAUUAUUGGCAAGCCAUAA